UUUUCAUUCGCUUUUCGUUUGAGUUAGAUCGCGUCGGUAUAUCGUGAGUGUCUUGAGAAAGAAAAAUAGUUUUUAGAAUAAUUUGUUUGCUUGAUAGCGACCAAUUAUCAAAAUAGAUUCUUACUUUAAAUAAUUGCAAAAAAAAAAUAAUUAACAACAAUGGCUGGAACUGUUUCCGCCGAUCUUCCCACAUCAUCGGUUUCAACUGCCAUUUUCUUUUCACUUCUGUUUCCGGCAAUUGCUUUGUGGUUCGUUUAUUGGCGUUUAUCGCGGAAACGUAUGUAUGAACUUGCUGAUAAACUUCCUGGACCUAAUGGACUUCCAAUCAUUGGAAAUGCUUUGGAUUUAAUGGGAACUUCUCACAUUCUGUUCAAGACAUUUGUCAACAAAGGAAAGCCUUUUAAUGACGUUAUCAAGAUUUGGGCUGGCCCUAAGCUUCUCAUCUUUUUGGCUGACCCACGUGACAUUGAAAUUAUCCUCAGCAGUCAAGUUUACCUUGAUAAGUCCCCUGAAUAUCGUUUCUUCAAACCAUGGCUUGGAAAUGGACUCCUCAUAAGUUCAGGUAGCAAAUGGAGAUCUCAUCGCAAGUUAAUUGCACCGACUUUCCAUCUCAACGUUCUUAAAAGUUUCAUCGAAUUAUUCAACGACAACAGCCGACAUGUUUGUCAGAAAAUGCGUGACCUCAAUGGAAAAACGUUUGAUUGCCAUGAUUACAUGAGCGAAUGUACUGUUGAGAUUCUUUUGGAAACUGCUAUGGGUGUAUCGAGAAAAACUCAAGAUCAAUCAGGCUUUGAUUACGCAAUGGCUGUCAUGAAAAUGUGUGACAUUCUUCAUUUACGUCACACAAAGAUUUGGCUUUAUCCUGAUUGGAUCUUCAAUCUCUCGAAAUAUGCAAAGAAGCAAGUUAAGUUGCUGGAUGUUAUUCAUAGUUUGACAAAGAAGGUCAUCAGAAACAAGAAAGAAGCAUUUUCACAAGGAACACGUGGUUCAUUGGCAACACCUGAAUACAUCAAGCCUGAAGAGAAAGACAAGAAAGAAGAAUUGAAGAAGACGACAGUUGUUGAAGGAUUAUCAUUCGGACAAUCAUCAGGAUUGAAAGAUGAUUUGGAUGUUGAUGAACCAAAUGAUAUUGGAGAGAAGAAGCGUUUGGCGUUCUUAGAUUUACUUCUUGAAAGUGCUGAAAAUGGUGCAGUAAUUUCCGAUGAAGAAAUCAAGGAACAAGUUGAUACAAUUAUGUUUGAAGGACACGACACAACUGCUGCUGGUUCAAGUUUCUUCUUGUCUCUUAUGGGAAUUCAUCAACACAUUCAGGAUAAAGUUGUCGAUGAGUUGGAUCAAAUUUUUGGAGAUUCAGAUCGUCCUUGUACAUUCCAAGAUACUUUGGAGAUGAAAUAUCUUGAAAGAUGUAUGAUGGAAACACUCAGAAUGUACCCACCAGUUCCACUUAUUGCUCGUCACGUCAAAGAAGAAUUGAAACUCGCUUCGGGAGAUUAUGUCGUACCAGCUGGAUCAACUGUUAUCGUUGCAACAUUUAAACUUCACCGUUUGGAUUCGAUCUAUCCUAAUCCAGAAAAGUUUGAUCCCGACAACUUCUUGCCCGAACGUCAGGCUAAUCGUCACUACUAUGCUUUCAUUCCAUUCUCAGCUGGUCCGAGAUCAUGUGUCGGUCGUAAAUAUGCUAUGUUGAAGUUGAAGGUCAUCUUGUCCACAGUCUUACGACAAUUCCGUGUACACUCAGAUCUGACGGAAGAACAAUUCCGUCUGCAAGCUGACAUCAUUCUGAAACGAGAAGAAGGCUUCCAAAUUCGCUUGGAACCACGCAAACCACGUGCAAAGCAGGCUCCAGCUUCAUAAACCUCUUCAUUUUCUUUUAUAUUUUCUUAAUCUUUUAAAUCUCUUCUUAUGUGGUAGUCUAUCAUAAUAAACAGCAAUUAAUGAAUCUCGAAUUAUCUCAUUUUUGUUAAUCAUUUGAGAUAUGAAAUAUAUGUUGGGAACAUAAAGGAUUUUCAACUUUUUGUUAAAAUGAAAGACAGAUUUUAUCCAAAAAUAAAAAAGAAAUUAAAAAAAUG